GUGCCAGUGUCUGUGUGUGCGAAAAGCGAACAAUAGAAAAAACCAGAUAGAAAAUCAGCAGAGAAAACAAUCAGCCAAAGCAGCAACAUAGAGCAGCAGCAACUAUAAUUUUAGAUCUUUUUUUAUUUGGUAUAUGCUUCGGUUACGAUGUCGUUGAUGAAAAUCCAUCGAGGCAAUGAAUCAUUUUGCUACAGUUGGUUGUUGUUGCUCGUGGCAUUGUUGUCGGCGGAGGCAGCAGCAGCAGCAACAUUGAGUGAAACGCAGACGAAUGCAACUAAUGGUGCAAUUAGAGAGCCGCCUUUGCAACUGCAACAUCAGCAGCAGCAACUUCAGUUGAAUGCGACCGCCGGCGACGGCGAAAGCCGAAAUUCAGCGGAAAUUUUCAGCCCCAGCGAUGUGGAUGCGGUUGGUGAUAAACCCACCACUUACAGGCCCUCGGGUGCCAAUCGACCCUCGAUUGCGCCACCACUGAAUUCGGCUCAGGAUCGUGAGAGAAGGCUGAAGAAUGUGCUGGCCGCUCGUCGCACGGCUCUUCAUAGAGGUGGUUUCCGUACGAGGAUAGGAACCACCGGAAGAAGUGCCAUUUCCCCAUCAGCAGCGGUGGAAAGUACUUCGAAGGCGCCCAGUGACCCCAGAUCGGUUUGCAUUCGAAAUUGCACCAAGAACUUCACACGUCGCACCACCGCCAGUUGCAUGCGACAAUGUGCGAAUUUCACCCGCAUGGCCAUGGCCUCGAAUGGCAAUAGUUCGGUGGUUCUAAAGAGUUCCAAGGCAGCUGCUGCCUCUUCUUCGGGGGAUCGGGAUACCAACGAGAUCCUCUUUAGCGACGAGUCCUCCCACGGACUUUUUGUGGUGGCCAAGGAGCAAAAUGCCACUGUGAAUCACAUUGCCGAUGGUGGCACUAAGCCAUCAGGCAAAGGAAUACCCAGCAAAGCGAACUCAAUGGAGGAGGCUGUCGAUGAUGAGGAUGAGGAGGAGGAUGACCUUAAGCCAUAUGUCUACUUUGGAGCCAAGCUCCCACCCAUUCGACCGGGUGGCUUGACCAUUAAACCAGCCGAGGGGGAUAAUGAACAUCCGCGAGUUCUAGAGGUUUCAGUGGAUCAGAGCACAAGCACCACAACUAGCACCACUUCAGCUCCAGUUAGCACCUCUAGACCCACUGUCUCUACAAGAAGACCUUUGACCCCUGUAGAGCGAAGUCGCAGUAAAUACAAGUACCAUAUGAGGGAAAGGGGUUUUGCAGGAGGAAAUGCACCACCACCAGCUGCUCCAGUUGCACCACCUGCCUCGCCAGUGAGUCGAACGAGGUAUGUGGGUUCGGGAAGACCCACUGCUGGUUUAGCCGAUCCUCUCCAGGAACUAAAACAAACAGAAUCAGAAGUGGCCAAGCCGGUGGUGCGUAGAGUGGUGCAAAAGGUGUCACCCUCAUCUUCAACACCGCUCAUAAUCACCGUGUUAAGUGCCGAGGAGGAAACCACAGUGGGGCAGGCGGAAGAAACCAGCACCACCACAACGACAACCACAACUGAGAAACCCUCCACAACAACUAGUACAAGUACAAGUACCACAACAACCACAACUACACCACUACCAAGCACCACAAAAAGAACAACCACCACUACACCAGCACCAUCAACAACAACGAGUAGCACAACUACUACAACGAGUAGCACAACCACUACAACGAGUAGCACCACUGCCAUCCCCACCACCACCACAACAAAAGCCAAUUCCAUCAUUGAAAAGGAUAAGGAACUUAUAAGAGCCUUGGGGCCUGCUCUAACCCAAGAGAUAAACAUCGAAGAUGCCAACAACUUGAUAAUAUUCUGCAAUAAUACCUCCGACUGUGGAGUCACACCACGCAGUCACACCCAUCAAGCCCACACCACCGAUUCCAGUCCCAAGAUCCUUCGCACCACUGUCUUGACAUCCAUACGAUCCACUGUGCAUCCGCGACCCACUAGUACGAGUACGAGUACCACAACCUCGGCACCACCACAACCACCGGUGGUGACUGUACCUUCCAACGAAGUCUACAUCGGCAUUGUAGAGUCCUCCUCUUCGGUUCCGCCCCUGGACAUCAGUUCCACGGUGAUAGCCAAUGAGAGGGAUGUAAAUCUGGAGAUGAGACGCAUGAAUCUGGUCACCUUAGUUCUAGUGGCUGUGGGUGUAAUACCUCUAGCCGCCAUUAUCCUGUAUUUGGUGAGAAACUAUGUGGUGCGACGUAGGGCCAAACAGGGUGAGGUCUUCGAUGUCUGCAUCACGGAUCAGCAGCCCAUUUCGCCAGUGAAGAAGGUGGACUCCAAAUACCAGAUGGAUGAUGACGACGACGAGGUGGACCAUACGCACCACCAACACACGCAGCACCACCAGCAUAAUCAGCACCACCAGCAGCAGGCGAUGCCUAUGUCCCAAUCGAAUCAGCGGGAUGCCAACCACAAUCGAUAUGGAAACAAUGAUGAUAAGACAUCGCUGGCCAGCGAGUACCAAGAGUUCGAAAGGAGUAAUAUCCGACUGAAGAGCCUCCUGGGCGAGGGAAACUUUGGUCAGGUGUGGAAGGCGGAAGCUGAUGAUCUGAGUGGCCAUUUUGGAGCCACCAGAAUUGUGGCGGUGAAGACGAUUAGAGCCUGCAGUGCACAGGUGAGCCUAAAGGACGAGGCCAACAUUAUGCGGAAGCUGGGAUCCCAUCAAAAUGUUGUUACUCUUCUAGGGGCCUGUGUAGAAAGUGAACCCCACAUGCUUAUUAUGGAAUAUGCCAUGAGGGGACGUCUUCUGUCCCUUCUGAGAGCCGCUAGAAGUGCCACAAACAUAUUGCCAGCCUCAGUGCCAGGAGGUCGAAGUCUGGCUCCAUUAUCGCCACGAACCUUAGCAGGAUUUGCCCUGGAUAUAGCCUGUGGAAUGGAGUACAUAGCAGGCAGAAGGAUUGUCCAUCGAGAUCUGGCUGCUCGCAAUGUCCUGCUCGAUCACAAUGGCAUGUGCAAGAUCUGUGACUUUGGCAUGUCCAUUGAUUUAGAUGCAGAGCGAUUGAGGAAGGAGCAGGAGAAGAAUGCAGCCAAUGAUUUGAUGCGACACAAUGCGCACAAGUUCAAGUUCGACUUUGGUAGCAGAUACAUCCUGCAGCACUGGCAGCACACCUUUGGCCAGGGUCAGGGUCAAGGUCACUGCUCCUCCAAGGACCAUCAUCCGCAUGGGGAGAAGAAGUCGCAUCAUGGUCACGAUACCAUUGGCAAGCGACACGCCCUGCCCAUCAGAUGGAUGGCUCCGGAGAGCCUGCAAUACCACAUGUUCACCACCGAAACGGACAUUUGGGCCUUUGGCAUCGUCCUGUGGGAGAUCGCCACUCUGGGCUCUACGCCGUACUCCCAGCUGACGGGACGCGAGGUCAUUCGCCGGGUGCCCCAGGGUCUGAGGCCUGAUCUUCCCAAGGAGAGCCGGCACGAGUUCUACAACCUGAUGUCGCGUUGCUGGCACAAGGAGCCGCACAUGCGACCUUCGUUCGCUCAGUCGCGGCUGGAGAUCACAAGGUCACUGCACAAGUGGGUGGACGACGACUCGGCGGCCUCCGAUUACAUGGACGUCAGUGGGUUCAGCGAGGAUCUCGAGCACGGAGUGGUGUACUUCAACCACCGGAUAUCGGAGUUCGAGUGCGAGAUAUGACGCUGACUGAACCGACCCUGACCCACCAACUAACUGUGCAUCUCAACCACUCCAUCCACAACUCAUCCAUCGUCCAUCAAAACAUCUCUUUGCCUAUCCGUAGUUCUUUUGAAAUUUUCCAUUCUACCUUGUGACGACGUGCUUGUCGAGCAGUAUUAUUUGUAUUUUAUCGUUAAUUUCCAUUUCGAAACCCCCCACACAGAGAGUUUCUUUCAUUGUAAAUAUUUAUUUGUUGACGCAACAAAAUACGAAAAUGCUUAUGAUUUACGUUCUAGGCCUUACGAUUAAUGAAUGGCGCUACCUAUGCCUAGUUUAAUAUUCGUCACUUAGUUCUUCUAGUCUGUAUAUCUGAAAUCCCAUCUUCGAGUUGAGCUAUUUCCCCAUAUGGAUGUAGCCAAGAUUUGACUGCACAAGAAGCAGCUUUGUAAGCCCCAUCAGUUGUGAAUUAUGAAUCGUUGAUUUAGGCGUGCAGCGCAUAGGAUCUAUGUAAUUGUAUUGAUAUCUAGCUAUAGAAUUGUACAAAUAAAUUAAUUAAACACGAAAUAUAAUUAUGAUUAUUACACCA